AUGUAUUCACUUACGUGGGGGGCCCCCUGGGUAUCGAGGGGGCCCCCCGCAUGCAGGGGCCCCCUGCUGUCUCUACGGCGCCUCUCCCGCUGCUGCUCAGCAGCAGCAAAGAAGCAGUACGCAGCCGAUCCAUCAGGGGCCCCUGCAGCAGCAGCAGCAGCAGCAGCAGCAACAGCAGCAGCAGCAGCAGCAGCAGCUGCUGCUGCUGCUAGAGGUUCGCUCGUAGGGAGACCGCUAGAGCGUGGCUUGGGGUGUAUGUACACCCCGCAAUGUUUAACACGCGGAUACUCAUCUGCUGCUGCUGCUGCUGCUGCUGCUGGCGCAGCAGAGAGCAGCAGCAGCAGCAGCAGCAGCAGCAGCAGCAGCGUGGUUCCGGGUUUACUACAACUCCCGGGUGUACAUACACCUCAGCAGCUGCAGCAGCUGGCGCGCAGGAGUGUACACCCCGCUGCUGAGUGGCAGCAGGCUGCUGCUGCGGUGGUUCAGGAAAUAUACCAACGGCUGACAGAAGAAAACCCUGCGGAUACACCCCGAGAAGAAACCGACCCGUCUCCUGCUGCUGCUGCUGCAGCAGCAGCAGCAGCAGCAGCAGAUGAGCUGACGAAGGAGGAGACAGCAGCACUGCGGUGCAUGCGGGAAGCAAUGGAGCAGCAGGGGGUUCAUCUCAGCCCCCAAGAGAAAGAUCGUUUGCUGCUGCUGCUGGAGCGCGAAAGUGAAGCAGCAGCAGCAGCAGUACAAACCCAGCAUCACGCCCCCCAAAUGGAGAUAUCGGUGGAUCGGCUGCUCGCUGCUGGGGUCCCCUCUGCCCUGAUAGCUCUGCGUACAGCUGAGCUGCAGCAGCAGCAGCAGCAGCAGCAGCAGCAGCAGCAGCAGCAGCGGGGGUUGUUCUCGUUGUGGGGGCGGAGAAAAAGCAAAAAAACAGAAACCCUUAUUAUCUCUGCUGAUGAUGAGUUCACCAAGGCCCUCCUCAGAACAUGUACAGACCCAGGACUGAGGCGGGAGAUUUAUUCUCUUAGCGACAGUGAUAAGGAUACACUGCUUCUCUCUCUGCGUUCUGAGUAA